AUGUGGUGGAUUAGGAAACAGAGCGUAAACAAACCAGAUGAAGUCGACCGGUGUAUUUAUGAGAAUAAACAUAAAAUGGAACUUUGUGCUUGGAGUGAGAUAUUUACGGACGAAGAUCGGGGUAUUUUAAGAGAUGGGUUGAUUUUUACAGAGACGACGUCUGCUCUAUUUAGUGUGUGCUUGAACCUAUCUAUCCUGUUAACGAAUCUAAAAUACGAUUUGAGCUAUCGAAAUUUGGCGUUCUUCACUAUUAUUACUUGUCUUCGUCGUUUGCCUUUUGCCAAGUUAGCGUAUUCAGAAAGUUCACCAGAUAUCAACGAUUCCUGUACUUUCAAUGGAUUUUGGAACACUUUUCUGUCUGUAUAUGAAGUGGAAUGUCUCACGCAUGUUUGCAUUGAACGUUAUGUUGUUGCGAAAUACAUUAAUAACGAGUGGCCCCUGAUAAGAUGGCAUUAUACUAUGUACCAAGGACUAUGUGUCCUAUUCGCUUUGUUAUACUCAGUUCCACCUCUAUUUGGAAUAGGAAGCUAUGAGUUGGAUUUUACAUGCGAUUCUUGUGUGUUUGAUAUGGUUUUACCAAAUUCAUGGCAUAAAUAUAUUGUCGUUUCGAUUUAUUUGCUUCGGAGUUUUAAAUCAGCAUUUUUUAUGAUCGUCAUGCUAUACUGGGCUCGGAAAUUGGGAUUAAUAAAUAAAACCAAAAAAAUGAUAGAGCAAGCACCUUUCACGAAGAGUGUUCUUAUAAUAACAAUAGUAAAUUUGCUGUGUUGGUGCCCUAUUACGAUGAUACGAGGCUUCGUAGUUUUCUACAGUUUCCUCGGAUCUGAAUUUAUUCCAUCAGCGUGGGUAAUUCAGUGGGCAUUUUGGAUUAAUUCUAUUGCCCCGGCUGCAACUUCACUCUCUCUAUUCAUGAUCGAUGAAGGUAUUCGCCAGACGGUGAUUCAAUACAAGAUGGCUCCGAGAGAGAAAAAGAAAAUAUAA